CUUACUGUACGGCUGAUAAUAACCAACACAAAGCCGCAGUUGUUUGACGUGUCGCAGUGAAGUGUUGGCACUUUACGGUCAUUGCCGGUGCCCUACUUAUCGACCGGCUUCAUUUUGCCUCCAAAAUUCAAACAAUACAUCGAUUGAACUGAAAGAAAUAAGAGCAGGAUAAUGGCUAGUCGAAAGUCUACAUUGUAUCUUUUUGAUGUGGAUGGAACUCUAACGAAGCCGCGACAGGUUAUAAAAGAAGAACUGAAGAACUUCUUAUUAAACGAGGUAAAGUCCAGAGUGACAGUAGGUCUAGUUAGUGGAUCUGACUAUGUUAAAAUUGCUGAACAAAUGGAUGGUGAAGCAGUAGCAGAAAAAUUCGAUUACGUGUUUUGUGAAAAUGGUGUGGUGCAAUAUAGAGGUGGUAAGCUGAUUAGUUCUGAGAGCAUUCUCAGCUAUCUAGGUGAAUCUUUGUUGCAGAAAGUCAUAAAUUUCGCUCUAGGAUACAUGUCCAAGAUUGAAUUACCAGCUAAGAGGGGUAACUUUGUUGAGUUUAGAUCAAGCAUGAUAAAUAUUUGUCCUGUGGGUCGAUCAUGUACUCAAUCAGAACGAGAUGAAUUUGUGAAAUUCGAUUCAGUUCAUCAAAUAAGGCAGAAAUUUGUAGAUGCCCUCCAGAGUGAAUUCAAAGGCACCGGUCUUACCUUUGCCCUUGGAGGCCAGAUAAGUGUUGAUGUGUUCCCUACAGGAUGGGAUAAGACUUACUGUCUUAAACAUGUGGCAGAUCAGGAAUUUGAAGUUAUUCACUUCUUCGGAGACAAGACAAUGCCAGGAGGCAACGACUAUGAGCUGUAUAAUGACUCACGGACUAUCGGACAUAAAGUGACAUCUCCUGAUGAUACUAGAGAGCAAGUGGAACAGUGCCUUAAUAUUAAGUAACUACAUAUUUGCCAUGUAUUAUCUUGUUAAUUAAUUUGUUGCAUCAUAAAUGUUAUAUUACAAAAGAUAGUAUGUUGGUUGAUAAGGAUGUUUUUUAUGUAUCUUUAUGGAUUUCAAAUGAAAUAAAAUAAUAUGCAAUAAUGUU